AAUCUAAGGAUGACUUUGCGAAGCAAAGUUCGUGACCUCGGGGAGAGGUUCGGAAACUUAUCAAGGCGUUUCAAGGCGAAAACUUCAAGCAUCCCAGGCCGUUCGGGCCAUCACACAGGGAAGUCUUCAGAUGAGCUGCAGGAUGGUGUUGUGGUUAUUCAGCAAAGCAGCUGGGACAGCCUUCCUCCUGAAGUACUCCGGGAUGUGCUGAAAAGGUUGAAGCAAGACGACAGCAAUUGGCCACCCCCCAGAGAUGUUGUUGCUUGCGCUUCCGUUUGUACAACGUGGAGAGAUAUGUGCAAGUAUAUAGUGAGGAACCCAGAAUUUUGUGGAAAGAUCACGCUUCCAGCAUCUCUUAAGCAGCCUGGACCUCGAGAUGGAUUAAUCCAAUGUUUCAUAAAAAGGGACAAGUCAAAGCAAACUUAUCAUCUCUACAUGUCCUUUUCAGUCUCUGCUAUGCUCGAUGAUAAUGGGAAGUUCCUGCUAUCAGCUAAAAGGAUUCGACACAUGACCUACAAUGGCUACACCAUUUCUAUGGAUUCUAAAAAUAUUUCCCAAUCAGGUAGUGGUUACAUUGGAAUGUUGAGAUCAGAUUUCUUUCACCGCAAAUUUAUCAUAUAUGACACACAGCCGCCAUACAAUGCUCGGACACUUUGCACACAUGAACAGAACUGUCGGCGAUUCUCCUCAAGGAAAGUUUCCCCAAAAAGUUCGACGGGUAGCUACCCCAUUGCUGAGGUGAAGUAUGAGUAUAAUGUGUUGGGCGCCCGUGCGCCAAGGCAGAUGCAAUGCACUAUGCAUUCCAUCCCAACAUCAGCAGUAGAGUUUGGGCUGCAAGAAGGUGAUGGUGUUGUGGACAAGGAGGAGAUGCUCUUGGUUCUUAGGAACAAAGAACCAAGGUGGCACAUCCAGCAGCAGUGCUGGUGCCUCAACUUCCAUGGGCGUGCCACGAUGGCCUCUGUCAAAAACUUCCAGCUGAUAGCUGCCCCGACGCCAGCACCUACAGGAACGGCGGCUUCUGCGCAGCCCCGUCCUGCCAGUCCGUCAUCUUCAUCAUCCAACCACGACACUGUGGUCCUGCAAUUUGGUAGAGUCUCCAAGGAUACCUUCACGAUGGACUACCGGUACCCGCUGUCGACCUUCCAGGCUUUCGCCAUCUGCUUGACCAACUUCGACACCAAAGUUGCACAUGCAUAAAAAGGGUCGAGGUGAAGAUAUAUAUUAGUUAGAGAGACACGGGGAAGCUUGGAUUAUAUUGUGAUUCUCGUGGGCUAUGUAUGAUAUGAAAUGUGAAGAUAUUGAGCUCAACGUUAUAUUUCACGGUCGAGUUUUCUAGAUCUGCUGAAUCCGUCAGCAUUAUAUUAUGUAUU